UUCGCAAAGAUUUGUCCCCUGCGCUGCCCAGUAGAAAGGAAGACCUGGGAGACGCACUGGAGGAAACGAGCAAACCUCCGCCCCGCCCGGCCCUGGAUCGCCAUGGAGUCCACGCUGGGCGCGGGCAUCGCGAUGGCCGAGGCGCUGCAGAACCAGCUGCCUUGGAUGGAAAACGUGUGGCUCUGGGUCACCUUUCUGGGCGAUCCCAAGAGCCUCUUUCUGUUCUACUUCCCCGCGGCCUACUACGCCUCCCGCCGCGUGGGCAUCGCAGUGCUCUGGAUCAGCCUCAUCACCGAGUGGCUCAACCUCGUCUUCAAGUGGCUUCUGUUUGGAGACAGGCCCUUUUGGUGGGUCCAUGAGUCUGGCUACUACAGCCAGGCCCCAGCCCAGGUCCACCAGUUCCCUGCUUCUUGUGAAACUGGUCCAGGCAGCCCUUCUGGACACUGCAUGAUCACUGGAGCAGCCCUCUGGCCCAUAAUGACUGCCAUCUCUUCCCAUGUGGCCACUCGGGCCCACAGCCGCUGGGUGAGGGUGAUACCUAGCCUGGCCUACUGCACCUUCCUACUGGCGGUCGGCCUGUCCCGGGUCUUCCUCUUAGCACAUUUCCCCCACCAAGUGCUGGCUGGCCUAAUAACUGGUGCUAUGCUGGGUUGGCUGAUGGCCCCCCGGGUACCCAUGGAGCGGGAGCUAAGCUUCUACGGACUGACCUCACUGGCCCUCUUGCUGGGUGCCAGCCUCAUCUACUGGACCCUCUUUACCCUGGGCCUGGAUCUUUCUUGGUCCAUCAGUCUGGCCUCCAAGUGGUGUGAGCGGCCUGAGUGGGUACACUUGGAUAGCCGGCCCUUUGCCUCCCUGAGCCGUGACUCAGGGGCCGCCCUGGGUCUGGGCAUCGCCCUGCACUCUCCCUGCUAUGCCCAGGUACGGCGAGCAUACCUGGGGCACGGCCAGAAGGUAGUCUGUCUUGUGCUGGCUUUGGGGCUGCUGGGCCCCCUGGACUGGCUGGGCUACCCGCCUCAGAUCAGCCUUUUCUACAUCUUCAAUUUCCUCAAGUACACCCUCUGGCCAUGCCUCGUCCUGGCCCUUGUGCCCUGGGUGGUGCACACCUUCAGUGCCCAGGAACUACCACCUGUCCGCUCCUCCUGACUUCAAGUGCCUCCUGUUGCCAUUUGCCGCCCCUCCCCCCAACUCCAAAGCCAACACUCCGUGACCUCCCCACUCCAGGAGGUGGUCCCAUCACCUUCCGGCUCCCAACAGGCCCCAGCCAUCCUCGCAUCCUUGGUCUCCCACUUCUCCACCAUCUGGUCUUUGCCCCCCGAAAUGUUGGUCCUCUUGACUUCCCCUCUGAGCCCCCGGAGAGCUAAGGCAACAUCAAGACCACUGGGCUCCUGGGACACUGUGAGGGGCUCAGAGGCCCCAAUAAAAGCCCUUGAAUACUUCUGGA